ACCCAUCAAUUUGCAUCUAGAAUAUUUGAUAAACCCGAACCAUGACUGGUAGCUUCAUUUCAUGGCUCCAAAAUAAAAAGUGAAGGGUGGGAAAGGGGGAGGUUGUGGAACUUAGCAGCGAAGCGAGGAAGAUGCAAAGUCAACAAACAGUGAAAGAAGAAGAUGAUGAAGGUCCACCUCCGGGAUGGCAACCUCUCCCCGCUCAGCCACCGCCACCGCCACGUCCAUCCGGUUGGGCUCAAAUGGUUUGCGGUUCUUGUCGUCGCCUGCUUUCAUAUCCACGAGGUGCCAAACAUGUCAAAUGUUCAUGCUGUCAGACUGUCAACAUUGUAUUAGAAGCUGAUCAGGUUGGGCAAGUUAAGUGUGGCAGUUGUGCGGUAUUGCUGAUGUACCCAUAUGGUGCUUCACAAGUUAGAUGUUCAUCAUGCCGAUUUGUGACAGAAAUUGGGGCACACAACAAGCGGCCUCCAUGGUCUGUACAACAAAGGAAGCCAUCUCCUCCAAAAACUGGUUGUUAGUGGCCUGUCCGUUGGCCUAGUAGAUGGAUCAUCCUUGUACAUCAAACAAAUUAGGUAUGAGGAUUCAUGUACCAAUCUCAAAAUUGCUUUGUUAUUGAGAUACGCAUCCUUAAGGAAUUAUUUAUUAAUGUAAAGUUUUGGAAUUUCACCAGAAUUUUUAAGAUGAAGUUUCACUUGAGAGUCUUCUA